AUGGUUAUUUUUCUCAUUCUAUUUUUAAAAAUAUAUUUAAUUUCUGCUGAAAUUAUACAUAAUCCCUUGGUAUAUAACUCUUGGGCACCAGGAGAUUAUAGCUAUCAUGGAGUGCACGACGGACUAGAACACGCGAAUCAUUUCGUCAACGAGUGGACGGUGGAAGUGGAAGGUGGCGAAGAAGUAGCGCAGCUGAUCGCUUUGGAACUUGGAUACGUGUAUGGUGGACCGGUGACUAGUUUUCCAAACACAUAUACGUUUUUGAAAUACGAGCACGAGAUGCAAAGGCGUACCCCUGGCACCCAGCACACGUCCGCACUCGUCAAAGACAGAAGGGUGCGCUGGGCAGAGCAAGUCUUCCUCAAAUCGCGAGUCAAAAGAUACUAUACGCUAGAUCCGGAUGCUGAGAUCCACCGGGUGAAAAGGGUCAAACAAUCCAAUACUAGUUUAGACAGGAGAACAAGGGCUGCAGGAAUUCGAGGAAGAAAACCUCUCUUCAACGACGAACUUUGGAACCAAGAGUGGUAUUUGCAAGAUACACGCACGUUGAACAAUUUGCCUCGACUGGAUUUGAACGUGUUACCAGUUUAUGGUAUGGGCUUCAAUGGCAGCGGGGUGCGGGUGUCUGUACUUGAUGAUGGUAUUGAGCAUAAUCAUACCGAUUUAAGAGCAAAUUAUGAUCCGGAAAUAAGCUGGGAUUGCAAUGAUAAUGAUUCAGACCCCCAACCACGGUACGAAGACCUGCAAAAGAAUUCGCAUGGUACUAGAUGUGCUGGCGAGAUAGCAAUGACGGCAAACAAUUUGAAAUGUGGUGUGGGCGUGGCCUGGGGAGCUAAAGUAGGCGGAGUUCGAAUGCUCGACGGGCGAAUUACAGACCGGAUUGAAGGAGAAGCGAUUGGUUAUGCUUGGGAUAAGGUAGACAUUUAUAGUGCUUCAUGGGGCCCUAAUGACGACGGACGAACCGUGGAAGGCCCAGGACGACUUGCUAAUGAGGCAUUCAAACGAGGAGUCACUCAGGGCAGGGGAGGCAAAGGAAACAUAUACAUAUGGGCUAACGGUAACGGUGGUGGCCACAACGACAACUGUAAUUGUGACGGAUAUUCAUCUAGUAUCUAUACGGUGUCAAUAGGGAGCGCCUCCCAGCACGGCCUGUUCCCCUGGUAUGGGGAAAUUUGCUCAUCCACCCUGGCCACUGCAUAUUCUUCUGGUGCUUACAAAGAUCAGAAAAUUGCAACUACUGACACGGGUGAUUCGUGUACGCUGAAACACACAGGGACAUCGGCCGCUGCACCAUUGGCUGCUGGCAUUGUGGCACUCGCCCUGCAAGCUAAUCCUAGUUUGACGUGGAGGGAUGUCCAGCAUUUGAUAGUUUGGACUUCGGAGUACGCUCCUCUAUCAGCGAACCCUGGAUGGCAAAUCAAUGGUGUUGGCCUACGAUUCGAUGUACGAUUCGGAUUUGGACUUAUGAAUGCUGGUGCCCUGGUGUUGACGGCACUGAACUGGACAACUGUUCCAGAAAAACAUAUUUGCCGCGUGGAAGCUUCAGCGUUCAAAGAUGGAGGAAGACGAAUAUCAUCAGGAGACUUAUUAAAUAUUGAAUUAGAAGUGGGAAAUUGCGCUGUCAAAUAUUUAGAACACGUCGAGUUAUUUAUGAAUGUUCAAUACACGCGUCGUGGAGCACUAGAACUGUAUCUUAUAUCUCCAACAGGUACAAAGGUGCAAGUACUUAGUGCUCGGCCGCGAGAUACAUCGACCGCCGGUUUUGUCAACUGGCCCCUUACUUCUGUAGCAACGUGGGGUGAAAAUCCUAUAGGCGUUUGGAGGGUUGUCAUUCAAGACCAGACCAAUGAAGAAAAUUCCGGUUUUAUUGGACCAAUAAGUUUAGUUGUGCAUGGAACUAACGAAAUGCCGGCACACAUGAAGGACGGGCCAAGAAAAUACAACUACGAUUACAAUAAUUACGAAGAUGUUUUUAAUUACUUCGGUACUGUACUUGAAGAGGAAACUAACUCUGACGACAUUGAAGCAUCAGAUAUACCAGAGCCGCAUAACAGUGCAGAAGUGAACGAAUUCAACGACAUAGAUCCAACAAUACUAGCUGAAGUUGAAAAGGAACUGCAAAGGAUCCACCAUAGAAUAAUUAUGAGGACAUCAGGAGGGAAAUGAAGGCUGACAUAUCCAGAAGCAACCAAAUAUUGUGUAAAUUUUGUAAA